UCCCGAGCGGGGCAAGCAGCAUGGGGAGAGCGGCCGCCGCAAGAGGAGGCGCUGGAGGGGCGCGCCGGUGGCUCCCUUGGCUGGGGCUCUGCUUCUGGGCGGCGGGGGCUGCGGCUGCCCGAGGAACUGACAAUGGUGAAGUCCUCCCUGAAUCCAUCCCAUCAGCUCCUGGGACACUGCCUCAUUUCAUAGAGGAGCCAGGCGAUGCUUAUAUCAUCAAGAGCAACCCCAUUGCACUGAGGUGCAAAGCAAGGCCAGCCAUGCAGAUAUUCUUCAAAUGCAAUGGCGAGUGGGUCCAUCAAAAUGAGCAUGUCUCUGAGGAGAGUCUGGACGAGAGUUCAGGCUUGAAGGUCCGGGAGGUGUUUAUCAACGUCACCAGGCAGCAGGUAGAAGACUUCCAUGGGCCCGAGGACUAUUGGUGCCAGUGCGUGGCGUGGAGCCACCUGGGGACCUCCAAGAGCAGGAAGGCCUCCGUGCGCAUAGCCUAUUUACGGAAAAACUUCGAGCAAGACCCGCAGGGAAGGGAGGUUCCCAUCGAAGGCAUGAUCGUGCUGCACUGCCGCCCGCCUGAGGGAGUUCCUGCUGCGGAGGUGGAAUGGCUGAAAAACGAGGAGCCCAUUGACUCUGAACAAGAUGAGAACAUUGACACCAGGGCAGACCACAACCUCAUCAUCCGGCAGGCGCGGCUCUCGGACUCCGGAAAUUAUACAUGCAUGGCGGCCAACAUCGUAGCCAAGAGGAGGAGCCUGUCAGCCACAGUGGUGGUUUAUGUGAAUGGAGGCUGGUCUUCCUGGACAGCGUGGUCAGCCUGCAAUGUUCGCUGUGGUAGAGGAUGGCAGAAACGGUCCCGGACCUGCACCAACCCAGCUCCUCUCAAUGGUGGAGCCUUUUGUGAGGGAAUGUCAGUGCAGAAAAUAACCUGCACUUCUCUUUGUCCUGUGGACGGGAGCUGGGAGGUGUGGGGUGAGUGGUCAGUCUGCAGCCCAGAGUGCGAGCAUCUGCGGAUCCGAGAGUGCACAGCCCCGGCCCCAAGAAACGGGGGCAAAUUCUGCGAAGGCCUAAGCCAGGAAUCCGAGAACUGCACAGAUGGUCUCUGCAUCCUAGAUAAAAAACCUCUUCAUGAAAUAAAACCCCAAAGCAUUGAGAAUGCCAGCGACAUCGCUUUGUACUCAGGCUUGGGCGCUGCGGUCGUGGCCGUCACGGUCCUGGUCGUCGGCAUCACCCUUUACAGACGGAACCAGAGUGACUACGGCGUGGACGUCAUCGACUCUUCUGCAUUGACAGGUGGCUUCCAGACCUUCAACUUCAAAACAGUCCGUCAAGGUAACUCCCUGCUCUUGAAUUCCUCCAUGCAACCAGACCUAACAGUAAGCCGAACAUACAGUGGGCCCAUCUGUCUACAGGACCCCCUGGACAAGGAACUCAUGACGGAGUCCUCACUCUUUAACCCUUUGUCGGACAUCAAAGUCAAAGUGCAGAGCUCAUUCAUGGUUUCCCUGGGAGUGUCUGAGAGAGCUGAGUACCACGGCAAGAAUCAUUCCGGGACUUUUCCCCAUGGAAACAACCGCAGCUUCACUACAGUGCAUCCCAGAAAUAAAACACCCUACAUCCAAAAUCUGUCAUCACUUCCUACAAGGACAGAACUGAGGACCACUGGUGUCUUUGGCCAUUUAGGAGGACGCUUAGUAAUGCCAAAUACAGGGGUGAGUUUACUGAUACCACAUGGUGCCAUCCCGGAGGAGAAUUCUUGGGAGAUUUACAUGUCCAUCAACCAAGGUGAACCCAGCCUCCAGUCAGAUGGAUCUGAGGUGCUCCUGAGUCCGGAAGUCACCUGUGGUCCCCCCGACAUGAUUGUCACCACUCCCUUUGCCCUGACCAUACCCCACUGUGCAGACGUCAGUUCUGAGCACUGGAAUAUCCAUUUAAAGAAGAGGACCCAGCAGGGCAAGUGGGAGGAAGUGAUGUCGGUGGAGGAUGAAUCCACAUCCUGUUACUGCCUUUUGGACCCCUUUGCGUGCCACGUGCUCCUAGACAGCUUCGGGACAUACGCCCUCACUGGAGAAGCAAUCACAGACUGUGCCGUGAAGCAGCUCAAGGUUGCGGUUUUUGGAUGCAUGUCCUGUAACUCUCUGGACUACAAUUUGAGGGUCUACUGUGUGGACAAUACCCCUUGUGCAUUUCAGGAAGUGGUUUCAGAUGAAAGGCAUCAAGGCGGACAACUCCUGGAAGAACCAAAGUUGCUGCAUUUCAAAGGGAAUACCUUUAGUCUUCAGAUCUCUGUCCUUGAUAUCCCCCCAUUCCUCUGGAGAAUUAAACCAUUCACUGCAUGCCAGGAAGUCCCAUUCUCCCGCGUGUGGUGCGGUAACCGGCAGCCCCUGCACUGUGCCUUCUCCCUGGAACGCUACACGCCCACCACCACCCAGCUGUCCUGCAAAAUCUGCAUCCGGCAGCUCAAAGGCCAUGAACAGAUCCUCCAAGUGCAGACGUCAAUCCUCGAGAAUGAAAGAGAGACCAUCACUUUCUUCGCACAAGAGGACAGCACUUUCCCUGCACAGACUGGCCCCAAAGCCUUCAAAAUUCCCUACUCCAUCAGACAGCGGAUUUGUGCUACAUUUGACACCCCCAAUGCCAAAGGCAAAGACUGGCAGAUGUUAGCACAGAAAAACAGCAUCAACAGGAAUUUAUCUUAUUUUGCUACACAAAGUAGCCCGUCUGCUGUCAUUUUGAACCUGUGGGAAGCUCGUCAUCAGCAUGAUGGUGACCUUGACUCCCUGGCCUGUGCCCUUGAAGAGAUUGGGAGGACACACACGAAACUCUCGAACAUUAAGGAAUCCCAGCUCGAUGAAGCCGACUUCAGCUACAGCAGGCAAAAUGGACUCUAGUCCAUUUCCUCUCAUGAGAGAGUGAUGGCCAACUUCGGGACAUUUGCUUUACAGGGGAAAGAAAGAGGCGGCUUUCUGCCCAGUGGCAUUUGGGGAA